UCUGGAGGGCUACUUGGAGUGGAGGCAUUACGUUGUGGACGACGCUUUGAAAAUGAUUGAUGAGAGCUUUCAGUGGAGAAAAGAACUCUACGUGAAUGAGAUCAACGAAGGCUCUGUGCAGAAGUCUCUCUUGGAGUUGGGGAUGCUCUAUCUUCAUGGAUACGAUAAAGAAGGAAACAAAUUAUUCUGGUUUAGGGUGAAGCUGCUCAUGAAGGAUGUGCGGUUGGUGCAUGAGAAAAAGAAGUACGUGGCCUUCUUGCUGGAGCGCUUUAUCCGGAGGGAGCCAGGGGCGCUCCUCACCAUGGUGCUGGACAUGUCAGAGUCUGGCCUGGGCAAUGUGGACAUGGAUUUUAUGAAGUAUAUCAUUAACUGUUUCCAAGUAUACUACCCCAGAUUGCUGUCUAAAAUGAUCAUCUAUGGAAUACCGUGGAUCAUGAAUGUGGCGUGGAAGAUAGUGAGGACUUGGCUGGGUCCAGACGCCAUCAACAAGGUGAAAUUUGUCUCCAGAAGUGAAAUCCACACCCACAUUGACCCUGAGCAUCUUCCCCUUCACAUGGGAGGGACUGAUAACUUCACUUACAGCUACCCUCCUCUGCCUGACGACAGCUUUCUGUCACCCAUGUCGAAGCCCGUUAACCAGGACGAGGAGGCCGAGUUGAAGGACAGAGAUCCAGUGGGAAAAGAGCAUGCCGAGGUGUUGCUCAGACUGAGAAAGGUAUGGUUUGCAGAUGAUGGGGAUGCGGAUGCUGCCAGCAGAGUCCGAUCCGCCCGGAGGCCCAACGCUACAUAUAAAGGCUCACUGCUCCAUAUAAGUCCAGCAGAGGAACUGUGCUUCGGCCUGAGCGAGACUGAGAAGAGGUGCCUGAUUAUUCUCAAGAACGUGACCAAAAGUGCUGUGGCUUAUAAGGUCCGCACCACAGCUCCAGAGAAGUACAGGGUGAAGCCAGGCAGUAGCAUUUGUGCUGCGGGGACAAGCAUGGAAAUAAUAGUCUCACUUCAUGGAGGGUCCCAGCCAUCUUUGCAGGACCGUUUCCUGAUCAUGGCUGCUGAAUCGGGACCCAGUGUCACGGAGGACAACCAGGACUUGGUUCAGUUCUGGAAAGACAUUCCCAAGUCCAAAGUGAUAGAGCACAGAUUGCAUUGUCAAGUCCUGCAGCAUCUUAGGUCAGCCCUAAACCAGAGUGCCAACAGCUGGGAAAGACCAGUGAUCACCAAUGGCCACCAGGACACGAGUACCAUGCUCCUGCAGGUGUCGGCCACGUGCAGCCAACUGGAACAGAAGUUGGAUCGGUGUAUUUGGAUGCAGAAGGCUCUUGUUGGCUUGAUAACCAUACUGACGGCGCUGUGGUGCUCCACCCUGUACCUGCAGCAUGCUGGGAACAUGCCCUUCUAACAGGACUUGGGCCUGGGACCAGACCGGUUGUUUACAGCUGAGAACUGAUGCCAAAUAGCGAGGGGAAGGGAAGUCAGACUAGCCACUCGUGACAGAAAAGCUAAAUGCACUUUUUUUUUCCUUUGGAUAGAAAAACCAAAUGUAUCUGUGAAACUGCCUUCAUACAAUCCUUUUCCUAUUCUUUCAAAUUCUUUGUAUUUCAUGCACAAUUUGCACAGGUUAUAUGC